GGGAAGCCUCCGGAGGUCGACGUGCCACGACGCGUCGGAGGCCCGUUCCACAGCGCGCGGCGAGCGAGCGAUUCCCCCCCCCCGUGGGCGGCAUGUGCGACUUCGGGGACCUUGCCUGCUGCACCUUCCGCGGCGACCGCGGCGAGGCGGCCCGGGCCGCCACGGCCGCGGCGGACGGCUGCAGACCGCCGGCGGGAGGCGGCCGUCGCCACAAGGGCCGCGAGCUCGAGAACUUCUGCUUCUCCUUCCCGGCCGAGGACGCCGCGCCCCAGCCGUCGACGCCGCGCGCGGAGCGUGGGCGGUCCGCGCCCAGGGGCGGGGGCGCAG